GGCAGAUCUGGGACCAGCGCAGCGCGCCCUGCAGCAAGAGCAAUAACAUUCACGCUGCAGGAUGAAACCGAGUGUGGGAACCAAGCUGCUGAUGCUGUUGUGGGCCGUGUACUGCAAAUAUGCGCUGGCAGAUGGGCUGAUAGGCAACCCUGUCAUUGAAGUGACCAACGGGGGUCCCUGGGGCGACUGGGCCCUUCCUGAGAUGUGUCCUGAUGGAUACUUUGCCAGCGGGUUCUCACUUAAGGUAGAGCCCCAUCAAGGCAUUCUCGGUGAUGACACAGCUCUGAACGGGAUCCGGCUGCACUGCACACGUGGUAACUCUGAGCUCAACACUCAAGUUGUGGAGUCCCAAUCUGGAAAGUGGGGUGCAUGGAGUGAGCCUCUAUGGUGUCCUAGUGGUGGCUUCCUAGUGGCUUUCUCACUUCGGGUGGAAGCACCCAUAACCCCUGGGGACAACACCGCAGUGAACAACGUGCGUUUCCGGUGCUCAGAUGGCACGGAGUUGCAGGGGCCUGGGCUGGACUGGGGAAAAUUUGGAGAAUGGAGCACAUCUUGCCUGAAAGGUGCGUGUGGCUUACAGACCAAGGUGGAGCAGCCUAGAGGCCUCCGUGAUGACACUGCACUUAACGAUGCACGAGUAUUCUGCUGCCUCACCUAACCUUGUCCUAACAUUGUCGCAGUCCUCUCCCCGGCUGGCCCGGAGGCUAGUCCCAU